CAACCUUUAAUAAUAGAAAAUUUAUGCAUAUCCGGAACAAACAGGGGUUUUGAAUUGCCUAAAUGCCAGAAAUGUCGUGUCAGAACUUCAACAUUCCCAAUGUACCCCCAGAUUUACGACGAGAAGAGACAGUUCAUCAAAUUGCAGAUUCUCUGAACUAUUUAGACCAAGUGGCAAGUGAAGUGUUCAAAAGGAUCAACACUAAAAUCGGUGAAAAUAGAACAAAGCUGCAGAAAGUGAACGACCGAAUUAGCUUAGCUCAAGCUAAAGUGGACAAAAUCAAGGGAAGUAAUAAAGCCACUAAGGUGUUUGCAUCCGCGAAAUACCCAGUGGCUGACGACUUGGAGGAAUAUCAGUUAAUGUUUCCGUUGGAGAGCACAAACGGCCUGCGUGAUAUCAAACGACCACAUUACAAAGUGACCACUAAACACAAAGGACUCGACGAUAAAUCUCUGAAGGAGAAGCUUCAGUUCUAUAACGUUCAUCUGAAGUUGAAGCGGAAGGAUGACGCCAGUCAAAGAGAUGGUCUGGGUGGAUUACCGAAGUCCAUACCGUCUGCUAGCUCUCUCCUACUGUUCAAUACCUCAGAAAACUUAUAUAAACAAUAUACAAUGCUGGAUCCACUUGGGGUGGUGAAGAAAACACGAACAGCCAUAGAGGAGGAGAGUGAGAUCGACGCCGCCCCCACCACAAUCACCACCAACGAAGGCCUGCAGGGCCAGAAGGUGGACGACAUAUCCUUCAAACCAGUCAUUGUCGACUUCCCCGAGAUUGCGGUUCCAGACUUCCUGCCAAAUCUGCCAGGUGUUGCAGAUGAUCUUUCUUUCGUGUCCGACCUGGACAAGUCUAUAGCACCCUCUGUCCUUGGUAGCACCAUGCCAGACCUCCCCUCUGUAGUACCUGAGGAGACGCUCCCAUCUGUUCCAGAAAUAUCCCAGGCCCCACCCAAUGUAGCUGCACCCCCUCCCCCUGGGGCUCCACCACCGCCCCCUCCCCCAUCUGCACCAGCUCCCCCUCCCCCAGGGGCACCCCCACCUCCCCCUCCCCCACCACCCCCAGAUGCCCCAGCAGCCCCACCUCCUCCACCACCACCACCAGCAGCACCACCAAGUGGUGUACCAGAAUCUGCACCCCCAGAAGUUGCAAACCCGGGUGACUCUAGGUCGAGCUUACUCGAUGCCAUUCGUCAGACAGGAGGCGUGGGAGGAGCCAAAUUAAAGAGUGCCAAGGAUAGGAAACUAGAGAAGAAGAAAAAGAAGGAAGAGAAAGAAGUAGCACCCAGUGGAGGUGGAGGAGGGGAUUUGAUGAGUGACCUCUUCAGCAGAUUGACCAUGAGAAGGAAAGGAAUUUCUGGGGGUGGGGGUGGCAAUAAGGGGGGUAAUGAGAGCUCUGAUGCUCCACCCCCACCACCUACUGGGGGAGGUGGUGCUUUGGACAAGAUUUCUUCUAUGAUACCUCCACCUCCCAAAUCUGGUGGUGGUCGUAAUGAUGAUGAUGACGAUGAUUGGGAAUAAAACGAUUAAUCUUUAAUAUUGAGGACUUUUAUAAUGGACAUGAAACUUUUAUUUAGCUGUAAUUUAUGAUUUAUAUAACACAGUAUAGGUACCUAAUUUACAACUGAGCUGUCAGUAGAAUGAAACUACAUUGAAAAUUGUCACAUUUGGAAACAUUCUUUUCUUUACAUUUUUCAAAAGAUUAAUAUCUUUAAUUUCCUUAAAAGUUACAUAUCAUUCAGUGUUUUGUUUUUAUUGAAAGACCAGGGGCCCGUUGUACAAAACAACUUAUGGCAAAGUCACAAGUCUUAAAUUGUAUUACAGUUAUUACUUUAAGUGAAUGGAGUAAAACUUUUUUGAGGCUUAAUUUUCAACAUUUUAAAAUUUUUUUUUGCAUUUGGAGUGAAUGUCCUUACAAUAAACCUGAAAAUUCCAGUAUGUAAAGUUUUGUUGUAAGUCGUAAGUUCAAGGGAUUUCAUUAUUACUAUUCAAUAAAAAACCCAAACAAAUAUGCUAUCCUGAGAAUGAAAUACGUUUUUGCAAAGUAUGUUUUUAUUAUCUCUAUUUUUGAUAGAUUGUAAAAUUCAGAGAGAAAUGAGGUUGUACAUGUACACCUGUGCUUUCCAAUGAACCAGGUGACAGUGGAUUGUACAUUUUUGUUAAAAUCAAGAUUUAAUUGUUUCAAAUUUACCCCUUUUUACAAUCAAUAUGAUUGAAUCUUUAUUAUAAAUGUACUUUGAAAAUGGUAAAUUGUUAAACUUAGAAAACUUAAUGAUAAAAGUUCAAUUUUUGCAAAUUUUGUGAUAAAUUUUAUACAAUUUAAUUUUUGUCUUGCUAUGAUAUAUACUCCAAAGCCGUAAAAAAAAUGUUUGAUAUAAAUGUAAAUUUACGUCGUUACAUCCUAAAAUUAAAAAGAAAAAUAAUGGAAGCCCAGUAAUAUACCCGGUUAAAUUACUUUUAAAUACUCAAAACAACUGUUGUUGGACACAUGGACAAUCAUGAUGGUCUUCACGAGAAAUAUACUCCCAAAUGCAUACAGACACUGGAAAUUUUAUUUCUAAAAUCACUGCAGUCAUUGAAUUUCUCUGUAGACAUGCACCUGUAUCUGUGCUCAUCAAACUUUAAAUUCUUCUGCUGCUAGGCAGUGUACACUGAAUGCUAUAUCAGUGCCCCCUCAAUGUUCACUUAUUGUCAAGUUCUUCAGUUUGUCAGAAUGUGUUGAUUUUAUCUGGCCUUAUAAACUUGACCUAAUUUUUCUCAAGGCCAUUAUUCUGGUGUUGACUGAUUUUAGUGUUUACACUAGGGAUAAAAUCAUAUACAUUUGAAUUGUUCAUUCAUAGAUGUCAUAUUUAUUCAUGUACAUUGAAAUGUGUCUAAAUUUAAAUCAUAUUUCAGAAUGUAGAAUGCAUUAUAUUAACUGUACAACAAUAAAAAGUUAUUGAUUCA